UUCCGUUUCCGUACAGAGGCAAACAACAUGGCGAAAGCCGGCGAAAAGAGUGUGGCUGGCGGGAAGCGAGGCUUGAAGAGGAAAGCUGCCGCCGAAGAGCCUCAAGAGGCUGCGGUCGCGGACGAUGGGGCGGCGGAGAGUGGGGCGCAGCCCCGGAAAGCGGCCGCCUUUCCCCCGGGCUUCAGUAUCUCGGAGAUUAAGAACAAACAGCGGCGACACUUGAUGUUCACACGGUGGAAGCAGCAGCAGCGCAAGGAAAAGUUGGCAGCUAAGAAGAAACUUAAAAAAGAGAGAGAGGCUCUUGGUGAUAAGGCUCCACCGAAGGCUGUUCCUAAGACCAUUGACAACCAAAGAGUCUACGAUGAAACCACAGUAGACCCCAACGAUGAAGAGGUGGCUUAUGAUGAAGCUACAGAUGAAUUUGCUCCCUACUUCAACAGGCAGACAUCUCCUAAGAUUCUCAUCACGACAUCGGAUAGACCUCAUGGGAGAACAGUGCGGCUCUGCGAGCAGCUCUCAACAGUUAUACCAGAUUCACACGUGUGUUACAGAAGAGGACUGGCUCUGAAAAAAAUUAUUCCACAGUGCAUUGCAAGAGAUUUCACAGACCUGAUUGUUAUUAAUGAAGAUCGUAAAACACCGAAUGGCCUUAUUUUGAGUCACUUGCCAAAUGGUCCAACUGCUCAUUUUAAAAUGAGUAGUGUUCGUCUUCGUAAAGAAAUUAAGAGGCGAGGCAAAGACCCCACAAAACAUGUUCCCGAGAUAAUUCUGAAUAACUUUACAACACGGCUAGGGCAUUCUAUUGGACGCAUGUUUGCUUCUCUCUUUCCUCAUAAUCCUCAGUUUAUUGGAAGGCAGGUUGCCACCUUCCACAAUCAGCGAGAUUACAUCUUCUUCAGGUUUCACAGAUAUAUAUUCAAGAGUGAAAAGAAAGUGGGAAUUCAAGAACUUGGACCACGUUUCACCUUAAAAUUACGCUCUCUUCAAAAGGGAACCUUUGAUUCUAAAUAUGGAGAAUAUGAGUGGGUUCAUAAGCCACGGGAAAUGGAUACAAGUAGAAGAAAAUUCCAUUUAUAACAUACUAAGGGAGUAGUAGUGAAUUUUGCUGGACAGACCUGUCUUGAAAAUCUCGGUAAAUUAUUUAACAAAACACCCUUUUUCAAAAUGGAAUUUAUUGAUUUUAUAAAUCUUACAUUUGAACAAAUGACCAGGUGCCAUGAAUUUCCACUGUUGGAAUAAAUAAAUGUAGUUUUGGUGAGGGUCUAAAAGUC